AUGUCACAAGCAGUAGCUACUCAUACCACGACUUUGCAAGGCACUGCCGAGCAAAAGCGCCCCAUUCCCUAUCGGAACUUGGCAGUCGGCGCGUUAAUGAACAUCUUCCAAGUUACGUCUCUUGGACAACCGCUAGAAGUAAUCAAGACCCAUCUGGCAGCACACCGGCAAGACACAUUGCGGGAUGCAUUCCAGAAGACUUGGUCCCGCGGAAGGUUUCUUGCUUUUUAUCAGGGGCUAAUACCUUGGGCUUGGCUGGAAGCCUCCACCAAAGGUGCCAUUCUGAUAGUAACAUCAAGUGAGAUCGAGUAUCAUGCCAGAUCAAUGCUCAAUGCACCACCUACGGUCUGCGGUGUUCUGGGUGGCAUUGGUGGUGGCGUUGCGCAAUCGUAUCUUACGAUGGGCAUGACGACAUGCAUGAAAACAGUUGAAGUGACCCGCUCAAAGAUGAGUGUUGGAGGUGCCCGAGUACCCGGGGCUCUGGAAAUGUUCUUCCAGAUUAUUCGCGAGAAAGGAAUUCGCGGAGUGAACAAAGGCGUUAAUGCUGUCGCGCUACGACAGGUUACAGGCUGGUCUUCUCGGAUUGGUAUAUCGCGUUUUGCGGAAGAAAGCAUCCGAAAAGUCAACGGAAAGCCGAAGGACGAAAAGCUUAAAUUUGGAGAGAAAAUCCUGGCAUCCACUAUUGGCGGUGCACUGAGCUGCUGGAACCAGCCAUUCGAAGUGUUGCGCGUGGAAAUGCAAUCUAUGAAGAAUGAUCCCGCCCGGCCAACUUCUCCGACAAUUCUAUCCACAUUCAAGUAUAUCGUUGCGACGACAGGAGUCAAGGGUCUGUUUCGCGGUGUGGUUCCUCGCAUUGGGGUUGCGGCAUGGGCUACGAUCUGUAUGGUAGGAUUUGGUGAUACGGUUAAAGAGAUUGUUAAUCGCAAAUGA